GUACCACCUCGGCGUGCUGAAGCGCCUGGUCGAGAUGGGCGCGCUGCCCGACCACCUGUGCUGCACCUCGGUGGGCGCCAUGUUCGGCGCCUUCGCCGCGGCUCACACGGACGCCGAGCUGCGCGCCGAGCUGGCCUCGCCGCGGGGCCUCUUCCGCAACCUCGGCCCAGAGCUGGACCCGUUCCCGCUGCCGUACUGGGUCGCGGCCUGGCGCUGGAUGCGGCGGGGCCGCAUGUACGACUACGGCCGCUACUACGACGUCCACGCCGCGCUGGUGUCCCGGGGGCUCACGUUCGCGGAGGCCUUCGCCAGGACCGGGCGCACGCUGACCAUCACCUGCGUCCCGGCAGGAGGGGGCCCCGCGCUGCUGCUGAACCGCCACACGGCCCCGCACGUCCUCAUCAGGUCCGCCAUCUGCGCGUCCUGCAGCAUGCCGUUCCUCAUCGAGGCGGUCCCGCUCGUCGAGCGCGCCCCCGACGGCGCGCUGCGCCCGUGGGCCGCCGUGGCCCCCGGCGCGCUCUUCCGCGAUGGCUCGCUGGGGCAGGAGGUGCCGCGGAGGCGGCUGGAGCAGCAGCUCAACUGCAGGUGGACGGUCGUCUCGCAGGUGAACCCCCACGUGGUGCCGCUGGGGUGGCCGCGGCACUGCGCCCGCCGGGUGG